CUACUCAUCACUGCCAAGGGUGACUGAUCAGAGCUAUAAUGGACAUAUCGACCUGUGUAAGGCCGAUUCUUACGGCGAAACCUCACGGAUUUAUCGUAAAGUCCUGAGAUACCCGGAUCUCCGAGCACCGCAGAGGCAUCAAAAUCCGCAUAUAAGUCGCUUUAAUCAUCAAAGUUGAUCAUCAAACAAGAAGCAGACAUUACUACUCAUCAGAUCUUGUUAGUCAUAUACAAUUUCAUCCCCUUUGAGCAACAAUACAGACGAAACCUUGAGAAAAUCAUCAUGUCAGAGCUUGUAUUCAUCACUGGCGCGGCCGGUUAUAUUGGGCACAAAACGCUUUACUUUGCCUUAGAAGAAGGUUACAAGGCUCGAUGCGCUAUCCGAAAGCAGGAGCAGGCGGAGAAGAUACUCGCUCGCCCUAGCAUUGCACCGUUCAAAGAUGCGAUUGACUUCGUAGUCGUGACAGAAAUGACGAAAAUCGGAGCGUUUGAUGAUGUUUUGCAUGGAGUAACUGCUAUCAUUCAUCUUGCUUCUCCAUUGGCAAAGGAGACGGAUGACUACGAGCGGAACAUUGUCAGGCCCGCCAUCGAUAUCAACACUUCGAUUCUUUCAUCUGCCGCAAAGACGCCUUCGAUCCGAAGAGUCAUCAUAACAUCGUCGGCGGUUACCCUCGUUCCGUUCCAAUGGAACUUAGCCCCAGACUCCAGAAGGGUCUACACGGAACGAGAUGUCAAUACCAACCCCGUCCAGCCAUACACCAGCGUCAUGGAUGCCUACUGGGCCUCGAAAUCCCUCGCCCGAACCACCGUCCUUGACUUCAUCAGCGAGCAGAAACCCCAUUUCGACGUCGUUAGCCUGCUUCCCUCCGUUGUGGUUGGCGCAGAUGAGCGCGCUACGAGCACCGAAGAGCUCCUCGAAGGCACGCGAACCUUGGUGAUGGGUCCAGUCCUAGGCGUUCAGUCCCCGUUCCCCAUGGUCGGCGUUCCAGUCGAUAUAGUCGAUGUUGCUAGAGCUCAUGUCGACGCGAUCAAGCCCUCUGUUCCUGGAAAUGCAGAGUAUGUGCUUUCAUCUGAUACUCCUGAUGGGAUUGAGUGGGACCAGGCGCUCAAUCUUGCGAAAACGUAUCUCCCCGAUGAUUGUGGAGAGGGAAAGGCGCUGCCUCUGGGCGGCUCGUUUCCGACGACGAAGUGGCUGCUUGAUGUAUCAACGACGGAGAAGGCGUUUAGGUGGAAGUUCACGCCGUAUGCGACUACGAUGAGGGGGCUAAUGGAGCAGUAUGUCGAGCUCGCUAAUAAAGCGAAGGCGUAAAAUCAAGGUGCACAUGGAAAUCGGCGGAAUCAGAUCAGCUAUAACCUUAUUAGGCCACCUCAGAUAUCCUUAAAAAGGUGUACACUAACUAGAGGCUGACAUGCCACAAGACCAUGGACG